AGCCUGCACGUCACAGGUUAUUCCGCUCGCUCUCCGGCAUAUUCCGACAAAAUCUGACGGCAUAUCCGUGGGAUGCCGCACAUUCCGCUUGCCGGCUCACGGCCGUCAAUGAAAAUGACCUAAUAAAACAGGGCGCGUUCCAAUGCAGCGUGGAAGGAAGAAGUUUAGCCGCGUGAUUGUUUUUUGUGAAAUCGUCAAAUCCACUCCCUCUUGCACGGGUAAUUCCCUUCUUAUAGCUGUGAUCGCGAUAUAGAGCCCACAGCAGUAGAAAGACCCCACGAAUUUUUCCACAUCCCAGCGAUCUAGAAAUCCAUGGUGGCGCAAAAAUGACUUAGUCCCUCCCGCACUGUGGCGACGCCGCUAAAGUCGCUGCAUCCAUGCCAAUUCUUCUCUCCUCGCGUUUCUCAGCACGAAUCGGUCGCAGGUUUUAGCUGGUCCUUCUUAGUCCUCUCUAGGCCAUCAGCACUUCAUAAGCACCAGCAUCAUCGAUCAAAAUGGCCUCUUCGCAGCAGCAGCAGCAGCAGCAGAGCACUCGCACAAAUAGCUUCCGCAAUCCCGCGGCCGCUCCAAACAGCACAGGUCCUCAGCUUCGAUCCUCCAGCGGCCGCUACCGGUAUGCUUCACGCGACGAGAGCGAGAUGUCCGAUAUCAUGUCCACCGCCGACUUCCCCGUGAGCGGGGAGUUCCUGAAUCCUUACACGGUGCACAUACCCCCGACGCCGGACAACCAGCCUAUGAACUUCUCGGGCCCGACAGCACCGCAGCAAGCGUCCCAGCAGUUCGUCUCAAGCGCCAUCUUCACCGGAGGAUACAACGCCAUCACCCGCGGCCACAUCAUGGAGAAGCACCCCGAGCACGGCCAGCAGCUCCUCACCGGGCCUUCCACCUGCGGCGUCCGGGGCUGCGACCAGCUCGCAAUGAGGGACGAGCAAGGCAACGAGAUCCAUCCCUGCGAGUGCGGCUUUAGCAUCUGUAAGGAGUGCUUCAUCGACGCCGUCUCCAACGGUGGAAUCUGUCCCGGCUGCAAGGAGGUGUACAAGGAGGAGGAGGAGGAGGAUGACGAGCGGGAGACGGAGUCCAAGACCAAAGCUCUCACUCCCACUUCUGGCGCCUCUGCCGCCACCACCACGGCCACUGCCAAGGCCGAUCCCCGGAGGCUUGGAUCCCGGAAGAACACCAUGAUCGUGAAGCAGUCGGAGUUUGACCACGCCCAGUGGCUCUUCGAGACCAAAGGUACCUAUGGAUAUGGAAACGCUCACUGGCCACCCAACGAUUAUAACUUCGGCCCGGAUGCCGAUCCACCUGCCUUUAACGAGCGGUCCAAGCGCCCCCUGGCCAGGAAAUCUAGCAUCCCAGCCGCCAUCAUCAGCCCAUACAGGUUCUUAGUGCUCUUCCGGAUGGUUGUCCUGGUCCUGUUCCUCAUGUGGCGAGUGACGAAUCCAAACCGUGACGCAGUGUGGCUGUGGGGUAUGUCCGUCGCCUGUGAGAUCUGGUUUGCCUUCUCGUGGCUGCUCGAUCAGCUGCCAAAGCUAGUUCCGGUUAACCGGCACACGGACUUGGAGGCGCUCAAAGAAAGGUUUGAGAAGCCGGGUCCGAACAAUCCCAAGGGACGGUCUGAUCUUCCAGGCGUGGACCUGUUCGUCUCUACUGCUGAUCCCGAGAAGGAGCCACCACUCGUCACUGCCAACACUAUCCUGUCCAUUCUAGCCGCAGAAUACCCCGUCGAGAAGACCGCCUGCUAUCUUUCUGACGAUGGAGGAGCACUGUUAACCUUCGAGGCACUAGCCGAGGCCGCCAGUUUUGCUCAGACCUGGGUCCCCUUCUGCCGCAAGCACGUGAUCGAGCCUCGCAAUCCCGAGACGUAUUUCGCGCUGAGAGGCGAUCCAACCAAGAACAAGUCGCGUCCUGAUUUCGUAAAGGACAGGAGACGAGUGAAGCGUGAGUACGACGAGUUCAAAGUCAGGAUCAACGGCCUACCUGAGGCGAUCCGGCGGAGGUCCGAUGCCUACAAUGCGCACGAGGAGAUCAAAGCCAAGCGAGCACAGAUCGAGAGCGGCAGAGACGUGACAGAGCCUCUCAACAUCCCAAAAGCGACCUGGAUGUCCGAUGGCACACACUGGCCAGGAACUUGGACGGUGACGUCGUCGGAGCAUGGUCGAGGUGAUCACGCUGGUAUCAUCCAAGUGAUGCUGGCUCCUCCAAGCAGUGACCCAAUCCUCGGCACCCCCGAUACUUCUACCAUCAUCGACACCACCGGCAUCGACACCCGCCUUCCAAUGCUGGUCUACGUCUCUCGAGAGAAGCGCCCCGGCUACGACCACAACAAGAAAGCCGGAGCCAUGAACGCGCUCGUCCGGGCCAGCGCCAUCAUGUCCAACGGAGCCUUCAUCCUCAACCUCGACUGCGACCACUACAUCUACAACGCGCUCGCUAUCCGUGAGGCGAUGUGCUUCAUGAUGGACCGCACCGGCGACCAGAUCUGCUACGUCCAGUUCCCCCAGCGGUUCGAGGGGAUCGACCCCAACGACCGCUACGCCAACCACAACUCCGUCUUCUUCGACGUCAACAUGCGAGCUCUGGACGGAAUCCAGGGCCCCGUCUACGUUGGCACCGGCUGCUGCUUCCGGAGAACCGCCCUCUACGGCUUCGACCCCCCAAGAGUGAAAGACCGAGGCUGCUGCGGCGGAGGAAGGAAGAAAACAUCCAAGACCAAGAGCAUCGAGGACGACGACGUCGAGCUCCAGCUCUUGCCAAAGCGGUUCGGCAACUCGGCCGGUUUCGCUGCUUCCGUCCCUGUUGCCGAGUUCCAAGGCCGGCCUCUAGCAGAGCAGGGUGCGAAGAACGGUCGACCACCUGGAGCUCUUCUCGCCCCCCGCGAGCCUCUCGAUGCCACCACGGUCGCGGAGGCCAUUCACGUUAUCUCGUGCUUCUACGAGGGGAAGACCGAGUGGGGGCAGCGAGUCGGAUGGAUCUACGGCUCGGUCACCGAGGACGUGGUCACCGGCUUCCGGAUGCACAACCGCGGGUGGAGGUCGAUCUACUGCGUCACCAAAGUCGACGCCUUCCACGGCACAGCUCCCAUCAACCUCACCGAUCGUCUCCACCAGGUCCUCCGCUGGGCCACCGGCUCGGUCGAGAUUUUCUUCUCCAGGAACAACGCUCUCUUCGCCAACACCCGGCUUAAGUUCCUCCAGAGGAUCGCCUACCUCAACGUUGGCGUCUAUCCCUUCACCUCGAUCUUCCUCGUCGUCUACUGCUUCCUCCCAGCGCUGUCGCUCUUCACAGGAGAGUUCAUCGUCCAGACGCUGAGCACCACCUUCCUGGUCUACCUCUUCGUCAUCACGCUCACGCUGUGCCUGCUAGCGGUGCUCGAGAUCCGGUGGUCGGGUAUCACCCUGGACGAAUGGUGGCGGAACGAGCAGUUCUGGCUGAUCGGCGGAACCAGCGCUCACCUCGUGGCGGUCCUCCAGGGGCUGCUCAAGGUGGUCGCAGGCAUUGAUAUCUCCUUCACGCUCACGUCCAAGGCCGCUGGAGACGAGCAGGACGUGUAUGCCGACCUCUACAUCGUCAAGUGGUCGGCGCUCAUGAUCCCGCCCAUCACGAUCAUGCUCACCAAUCUCAUCGCCAUCGCCGUGGCGGUGUCGCGUGAGAUCUACUCCGAGGUCCCGCGCUGGAGCCAGCUCCUGGGCGGGGUGUUCUUCAGCUUCUGGGUGCUGUGCCAUCUCUAUCCCUUCGCCAAGGGCCUGAUGGGCCGCAAGGGCAGGGCUCCCACGAUCGUCUUCGUCUGGGCGGGGCUCCUGGCUAUCAUAAUCUCGCUGCUGUGGGUGUCGCUGAGGAACCCUAGCGGCGCCAACAACAUUGGAGGGGGAUUCCAGUUCCCAUAGCCAUACCCGAGACAAUGCAGCUCCAUUCUUCGCCCAGUUGCCGCCGCGGCUGCUCCACGGAGCAUUGUAGAUCGAGAGAGAAGGACUGGAUCGAUUCGGGGCGAUCGAUCGAUCGAUUUUUUGGACGCCAAUGCGCGCCGCGAAAGAAAAAAAAAAAACUUUGUGAAUAAAGGAACCCUAAAUCCAAAAUGGGUUGAGGUCGAAGAGUUAGGGUUUUCCGGAGCGCAGAGCUAGGCGGGAGAACGCACGCGGCGAGAGAUGCUUCCGCUUUCGCUGCUCAAGACAGCGCAUGGGCACCCAAUGCUAGUGGAGCUCAAGAAUGGAGAGACUUACAAUGGGCAUUUGGUGAGCUGCGAUAGCUGGAUGAACAUCCAUCUACGAGAAGUUAUUUGCACUUCCAAGGCGAGUGAUGUUUUCUCCUUCCUUUCUUUUCUCAUCCUUCUUCUCUCCAGGAUGGAGACCGGUUUUGGAGAAUGCCCGAGUGCUACAUCAGGGGCAACACCAUCAAGUAUCUUCGUGUUCCAGACGAGGUGAUUGACAAGGUCCAAGAAGAAACCAAGCGCUCUGAUAGAAAGCCCCCGAGCGUCGGGCGUGGCCGCGGAAGAGGGGAGGUUGUAGGACGAGGCAGGGGGCGAGGGCCGCAAGAAGGAGGCCGAGGAGGCCGUGGAGCUCCAAGAGGAGGCCGAGGUGGUCGGGGUCGUGGCUGAUGAUUCACAUACGUCGCAAAGAUCUGGGAAAAGAGAGACUUGUGCAUGAAAGUUUUGUAGAGCUCCUCUAAGAUUUGAAGAUUUGAGAGCUACUAUUUUCAGUGUAUCACCAUAUCAAUUUUAUUGGCAUCUACAAAACUUUGAUCA